AUGGAUACUCUCGUCGCUUCUUCAUCUGAUCCUGACCUCUUGUUCACGGAGCGAUAUCCCUUUUCCUCCGCAAGAUCAAAUCACAAGUCUCUUCGCAGACGGACUCUGAACCAUCGGGUUCGUCUUGCUGCUAAGCGAUAUGCUGCUGAGCAUCCGGCCGAGCAGGAUGUGUGCCAGGCAAUAGGAUUGCCUUGCUCCCACAACCAGCCCUCUUACGACCUCGUCUUCGGCUCAGAGAGCUCUCAGCAUCGCCGCCCUCAGGGAUCAGGUGGUCGCCGCCUGCACCUUGAACAGUCUCUGGCCCGUCACGAGCGUGCUGUUAGUGCCGCCCAUGGCCUUUCUGCCGCGCCUCGCUCUCAUCACAACCGGAAGUCCGCCAACCUCCAGGAUGACUCGAUAGCUCUUGCUCGCAGUUCGGCCCGUCUCCCCUGCGACCGCCACCGCUCUCUCCAGAGGACUCCCAGUCUCGAGAGAGAGGAUGCCUUCUGUGAUGCCUCUACUUUCAGGCAACGAGCCAUCCACAUCGGCCGCCUCCCCGCCGGUCCCAUGGACGAGGACACUCAGGUGGCUGAACUGUAUCGAAUGGGCCUUCUCUACGAUGAUGCUGACAAGGCCCGCAACGACUCAGCCUCCUUCGGACUCAACAACAUCCACCACGACGCGCCCAUCUAUUCCAUCCGACCUGCCCGCCGCAGCCAAAAGCACGGCAAGUCAAAGGGCUACGGAAAGGAUGCGCCCCUCAAUCUGGACCUCUCUUUCGCCGAUCUGGGCAAGGAUGGCGACCUUGCCCAGUAUCUCUCCGCCUCCGCCUCCUCAACCGAUGCCGGGAGUUGGCCAAUUCAACAUUCCGCUCCCACACACGCCUCUGGCGAGGAGGCCGCUCCGCUCCGCGUCGUCUACGAGCUGGAGACCUCCCAGCCUUCCUUUGACGUGGACACCUCGCAGCCACCUGACCUGGUGACAGACAUUCUUUCAGAGUACGAUUAUUUUUCAGACAGCGAACUCGACGACACCGGCGACGUGCCUUCCCAGCGGGAGGUCCACGAUGAGUCGCCUGCAGCCACCUCGUCUUCAGGCGUCUGGGUUCUACUGGGUGACGACUCGUAG